GGAAGCGCGAUACUGCGCAAGCGCAGGGCAAACGGUCGCGCGGAAGAAUUUAAUUUUUGAAUGUACGCAGGCUGAGAAAAGCCAUGUUUUGAAAAUUUUAGCAAUGUAGACAUGGCAGCAUCGUCAGACUCAUCGGAAUCAGACCAGUUGCGUCCAAGUGACCAGUCUGUGUCCUGUCGGUCCGGCAACAGGAGUAUGAGAGUCGCAGAAAACGAGAGAAGGAAAAAGGCGGAGGAGCCGUUUGUUCUGGCCCUGAAAUACUUCUCUGACGUUCAGACAGGCACCCCUGUCACCGGAAAUGAUGAGUUUGAGAAGAACCUGGUGCUGGUUGAGAGGGUGGCCUACAGCAAUGGACUCUCCCCUGAAGCCAUUUCUAUCAUGCUGGAGUUUGCCAUGAGCCUUCGCAUGGGGUCUAGUCCAUGUGUGCGGGUGCUAAAGUGUCUGCUUCCUUCAUCCGUGGUACCACAGGAAGCUGUUGUUCGAGGGGUAGUUUGGCUUAAUGUUGGCAAAAUGCCAAUCACCACACAGGUUCUUUUCCUAAAAUGGGUCUUGACUGUAUUUGACAUGAUUGAUGCAAAAGACCAACUGCGAGCUGUUUAUGGCUUCAUUUUCAGCUUCAUCACAGAGGAAAAUCUGUGCCCGUUUGUUUGCCAUCUGCUUUACCUUUUGACCAGAAAGGAAAGUGUGCGUGCCUUCAGAGUGAGGAAGCUGAUGGACCUACAGUCCAAACUGGGAAGGCAACCAUUCCUCCUGCAUCUGCUCUCACUUUAUAAAGUCUUCUCACCCGAGCUGGUGGCCCUUUCUGUUCCAUCACGAGUUAAGAGUGGAUUCAAGAACCAUAACUCUCCCUGGAAAGUAGCACUGGCUGCUGUUCAGAGGAGGAAUGGUGCACAGAUUGCGUCCGCUAUCAGUCUAGCCCUGCCUGUGGGAGAUAGGACCAGCUCUAGGAAAAGGAAACACGGCCACUUGCAGAUUCCAGUGUUGACUUCUGUCACCAACAAACAGCCUCACACCGAGCAAAACUCAAGGAAAAAGUUGAUCCCUCUGGUGCAGAUCCAGUCCUUUGAUCAGUUGUUGAAAACAAUGCACCAAAUAGAGCUGCCUGCUCAGAUGGGAUCUCUUUUGGGUUCUGGUCUGGCUCUUCAGUACCUGGACUGUGUGCAGGAGGAGUCUGCCCUCCUGCGCCUCAACUUCUGGCUGGGCUGUGCGCUCCAAGAAGAAUUUUUAUUUGGCAGCGAUGACGAUGCCGCCCACAUACCAGAAGAAACGCUCCAGUUUUUGGAUAAGUUACUGUCUGCUCAGCACUUCCUCCAAGAGGGGUUUUCCAGCUCUGAUGCUUUUCUGUACAAAUUCCUCAAUGUUUGGGAUGGCUCGCUCAUGCGUCCACAGAUCCUUGGCCUCUUGAGCAACAUACCAGUCAUCCCUGCCUUGCAUUUAGGAAAGCUUCUGUUCGAGCCGCUCACACAGCUUUUCUUCACAUCCUCGCUGUUUUUCAAGUGUGGCCUGAUGGAGUGUUUAAACAGCAUGCUGGUGAAGUGGCUGACCUGGCAUUCAGUCUACGCUCUGGAGGACGACCUGGACAUCAGUCUCGGCAGCCACACCUCUGUAAACAUGACCUUGUCAGGGUUCAAGGAUUCUGUGAUGGAGCUGGUUCACUUCGUGGGUCGGUUAGCGUCCGUGGGUCUGCAGCUCGAAGGCUGCCACACUCUGCUGCUAAGCUUUGUCCUGGAUUUCUAUGGAACUGUGUGUGAUACUUUCUUGAAGUUUGGUCUUCCCCUUGUGGUGAUGCCGCCAGCUGGAGUUUUUUACCCAGCAUUCUUUGCUGCUGACCCCAUCAGCUUGGACAGACUGGCCCACAUCAUGCACAGAUACCGUGUGAACCUCACAUCAGCCAAGAAUCAAGAGAAGGCAACAGAGGCCUUUCACAUCAGCCGCCAGACUUUCCAGGAGUUCAACCACUACCUGGUGUUCAUGGUGAACUGCCUGUGGAACUCCAGGAUGUUUAAGCCGGGGAUGGACGUACGGCUGAGUGAGGAGCUGCUCCAAAAGAGCAACGUCCCACAGUACUGGACGAGGUUCGACCUCAUCCACCACCCCGCCUUAAUGAGCUAUGCGUUUGAUUUCCACCAGAAGUGUUGGCCAGGCAGAAAGGAAAUGGACCUCAAUUCUAUAAAGCACUUGAAGCCUUGGAGUUGGUACCUGCAGUAUCUGUUCAAUCAGGGCUUUGACGGCCUUAAAGACUUUUUUCAGAGUAACAUCAACCAACAGCUGACAGUGGAUGACGGGCAGGGCGACUCACAGCAGAGGUAGUCGCAGGAUGCACGAGAAAAAUGAUCUUCAGGAUUUUGCAAAGACUUGUAUAUAUUUUGUCUCCUGUUUUAAACUUUCCAUUUUUGUGUAUGUAUUUUAUUUCUGUGCUGAAGCACCUUUUGCUUUCUGCUACAACAGUUAUGCUUUUGUAAAUAAACUCUUUUUGAAUAGA